CAUUCUGGGCUGGGUCUAUCGAUGGAACUCAAGAUGGCGUCUCUGGCGAAAGCGCCAAUAUCUCUUUACUGAAGUAGAUGUCCAACAUUAACCUCCCGUAGCGGGUUAUUCUCCAGCCCCCUGAGCUGAGGGGUUUCCGUGAAACAUGAAGACCGGCAUCAUGUUCAGGAAGAGGAACUGAGCGGGGACUAAUACCCUGAAAGCACCAGAGAGUCCAGCGAGAUGUGUGAGAGCUAUGCCCGCUCGCUGCUGCGUGUGUCGGUGGCGCAGAUCUGCCAGGCUCUGGGCUGGGACGCGGUUCAACUCACCGCCUGCGAUCAGCUGUCCGAUGUGCUGCACAGAUACAUCCAGCAGCUGGCCCGGGUCUGCCACCGCUACUCGGAGCUCUAUGGAAGAACAGAUCCAGUCCUGGAUGAUGUCAGCCAGGCCUUCAGACUGCUGGGGGUGAGUCUGAGUGAACUGGAGGACUACGUCCACAACCUGGAGCCCGUGGCCUUCGCCCAACAAACGCCGCUGUUUCCUGUCAGCAAAAACAACGUGCUGCAGUUUCCCCAGCCCGGAGCCCGAGAUGCAGAGGAGAGGAAGGAUUACAUUCCAGAUCACAUGCCACCCCUCGUCUCCUUACAAGAAGAAGAGGAGGAGGAGGAGGUCCUUGCUGACAUGGGCACCUCCGCUGAAGCUAUGCAGGUGGCGCUGGAAGAGGAUGAUGAGGAAAUGGAUGACGACGAGACGGUCAACGACGAGAAUCACCCGCUGAAGAGGCACCUGGACAGUCCUGACGCAGCUAUGGGCAUGAUGCCUACCUCCAAGAGACCACGCAUGUACACUGGACUCAGCCCAGAAUGGGGGGUUGAGCCCAGGGAGCCCCUCACAUCUCUCAACCCUCAACGCGUUCCCCCGGGCAUGCUGCCUUCUCAUGAUAGCCUCGACCCCCUGUCACCUGAAACACCUUCUGGAGUCCUGCCUUCCUUCAGACCCCAGCCGGUAACCCCAAAACACUCGGAUCAAAAGGGCCUCACCACUCCAGGAAGAAAGUCUAAGGUGUCAUCGCCUGGCAGACAACGGACUAAGUCCCCUAAAGGGGUCGUAACUGUUCCGGUGAGCGGUAGUCCCAUCCAUUCUCCAAAACCGUCUAAGGAAAAGAAGAAAUCCCCAGGGAGGACGAAGAGUCCUAAAAGCCCCAAGAGUCCAAAGAUGGUUUCAGCCAAAACAUCCCAACCCCAGAGCAAGACAGAUGUUGUGCAUAAGCUACCGCUGUGUGCGCUGAGUGAGAGGAUGGGCAAAGAGAACAUCCAUAUGCGUCAAAACAUAGAGGACAGGGAGUUAGCCGAGGGCCCCUUCAAGAAACUAGAACCCGAUAAUGCAGCCAUCGAUGACUCCAUUGAUUCUGUGAUUGCCAGAGCGUGUGCCGAGCGGGAGCCUGAUCCGUUUGCUUUCUCCUCGGGUUCUGAUUCGGAUAGCAAUGGGUUCUCCAGCCCCAGGAGGCUGACCAUCAUGGAGCCGUCUACACCUAAACUCUCGAUCGGGAUCUCGGUAAAAGACACGUCAACACCACUUCACCUACAGACACAAGCAGGCCCAGGAAACUGGACUAUGGAUGAUUCAAUCAAUGAGGUUAUCCGAAAGGUCAACCAGGGGGGUCCGUCCGCUCCCCCGCCACACCAAGGAGGCUACAUCUCAUCAGGAUCGGCCUCACCACCCACUCCUGAGCCUUUACUCAAGGUGUUUGAGGAGAAGAUCAAGAUUGCAACAGUAGAUGUCAAGAAAAAGCUGAAGAAGGAGCUCAAAACGAAAAUGAAGAAGAAGGAGAAAGACAAGCCGAAAGACAAAGAGCGGGAAAAGGAUAAGGGCAAGCUGAAAGAGAAGAACAAGGAUAAGAACAGGGAUAAAAACAAGGACAAGGAAGGCAAAAUGUCCUGGAAGGAGUUUGGAGUGAGGGACGACGAGCAUUUCCUUCAGCGAGACUUCACACUGCCUGAGGGCUCCAUCAAGAUAAAAACCAGAGAUGUAGAUGUCCCUAAGAAGGAGAAGGAGAAACACAAAGACAAAAAGAAAGAUAAAGAAAAAAGUAAAAAGGACAAAGAUAAGAAAGACAAGGGUAAAGACAGGAGCAAGGAGGACAGGCAGAAUAAGUCUGCGUUUGCCCCCUUUGCUCUGGGUGAACUCCCCGCACUAUUCAGCCCCUCGGCCUGCCUGCGCAUCCCCUCCAUGCUGCCUCCUUUGGCCCCGAUCCUCCAGGACAAGGACAUAAAGAGCAAGGAGAAGGACAAGAAGAAAGACAAGAAGGAGAAGAAGAAAAAGAAAGACAAGGAGAAGGAUAAGGAGCGGGAGAAGGCCAAAGAGAAGGAGAGGGAGAAAGAAGAGAAGAGGAAAGAAAAGGAGAGAGAAAAGGAAAAACGAGAAAAGGAGAAAGAGAAAGAAAAGGAGAGAAUCCGAUUGGAGAAGGUGAAAGUAGACACUCCAGCAGCUCUACUGUCUCCAGUCAUCCCCAGACUGACGCUCAAGGUGGGAGCAGGCCAGGACAAAAUUGUUAUCAGCAAGGUGGUUCCAAAUUCAGAGCCCAAGACGCCGACACCCAAGACCCCAGCUGCCAAGUCUGGACCUGGGAAUCGCCCUCGGACGCCACCGCCAGCCCCAGUCCUCCUCCCAGUCAUACCCACUCUGCCGCCGCCUCCCUCUCCACUCCCACCGGCUCCUGCCCCUUCGUCGUUGCUCUGUCCUGCCCCCACCUCUUUCGCCGCAUCCUUCAAAACACCGGUCCGCAGCGUAGUGACUGAGACCGUCAGCACCUACGUGAUCCGAGACGAAUGGGGAAACCAGAUCUGGAUUUGUCCUGGAUGCAACAAAGCUGAUGAUGGCAGUCCCAUGAUAGGAUGUGAUGACUGUGAUGAUUGGUAUCAUUGGCCUUGUGUUGGGAUGCUUACAGCCCCUCCGGAGGACCAGCAGUGGUUCUGUGUUAAAUGUUCCAGCAAGAAGAAGGACAAAAAACACAAGAAAAGGAAACACAAACUGCAUUGAGACUAUGCAAAAAAGCACAUAUUUUGGACUUUUUUGGACUUGAAGCCAUCACUGAACACUCGUGGCACUGCUGUAAAAUAAAAAAGAAAAUUGUGGCUGAAACUAACAUCUGAUGAUUUUUUUAAAUGAUGUCAGCCAUGAUGCAUUGUGAGUUGGUAAGAAAAAAAGGAUUUAACCAGCACAUAUCCAGCCUUAGCUCUCAUGUGGGCUCUGUGGUUUCCCCUCUUCAACUGUAAAUUGUUUGCUUGUUGUUUUGGAUGUCCUGUCGUAGGAGAUCAUGACAAUUAUGUUUGUGUAAGGAGACAGUUUGUCUAAGAUGAGAGCUCAACAAAGCAGAGAACAACUAACACCCAUCGUCUUUAUUUCUGUUUCAUAAGGAAUGACCACCAAGUCAAACCUCUCCCCAGUUUUCUGCAGUAUCAUUGAAAUGUCAUGUAUAUAAUGAUGAUGGCAUCAGGUGUGUAUAAAUGUGUCAAUACCAACUUCCAAACCAAGUGCAUUUUGUUCUUCAGAUCCUGACUUGUUAAAUCCAUUUUCAGAUAUUGGUUUUUAACUCAAAUGAUUUUCUGUAAUUUCUGUACAUUUUUUAAAUUUAAAGUUUGUAUUUUUAUUUUGUCUUCAUAUGGAUAUGUCCUGGAGGUUAAUACAUACUGUAGCUGUGCUUGUAAUGUAAUUCAUUUCGCUGAUAUUUCAAUAUUAAAGAUUAACGGUCUGUGCACUCACAGACUUUAAGACGCAAAUGUCAUUACCAUCAAAA